AUGAAACUAUAUCUUAAUAAAUUACUUGUGUUAAUUGUAGAAUUUAUAAUACAUUUAUUCAAUCAGAAUAAAAUUAAAACAGCCAAAAUAAAAUAUUGGAAUGUUGAUUAAAAAAUGUUAAUCAAUGUUUCAGAAAUUAUUGAGGAAUUUAUUUUUUAUAGUUUUAUGUCAAAAUGGAGAUCAAAAAUAGAGGAACCAAUCAAGGAUUUAAGGAAGCGUACUACAGUUAAUAAGGUAUUGCCAAGAGGGUAUUAUAUGUUGAUGAGAAUAGUUUUAUAGAGAUAAAUACGAAAUCUAAAUGUUAAAAUAUCAUUACAAAGAAUAAGAAAUAUCGUAUUGAUAAAUAAGAGAUAGAACAACCAAUUGUAAAUGUAGAACUAAAUCCCUUUGAGAAAUUAAUUAAUAUAAAUAUGUAAAUAGAAUAAUGUUUAAGUGAAAAAUUUAAUUUUAUUAGAGUUGUUAUCAGAUUCAGAAGUAAUAUAGAGUAGUAUGGCAAUAUAAAUCGGUAAUUUGGAAGAGUAGAUAUAUAAGUUGACUGAGGAUUGAGUAUAUGCCGAAAAUGCUGAAGUUUACAGAGUUCAGAAAAACAAUAAGAAAU